UUAAGAAAAUACCCCAAGAAAAUCCUCAAAACCCUCCCUUUUUGAUCUUAUCGUAUAUAUUCAAAACAUGUUCUUCAUUCCAGUGCCAAAUCUCUCACCCUCAGAUUAAGCCACCCACAACAAUGCCUUCCUCUCUGCAGCUCCACCGCACCACCGCCACAAUCUGCGGCUGCCACCACCAGGAACAACCUCAACCCUAUGCCACCCUCACAAGCUUCUUCCCUCUCCCCAACGGUCUCUCCGUUCCCGACAUGGUCUCUGCUUACCAUAUCCACAACUUGGGUCCCGACCAGUGUUGCUCCGCCGUGGUUCAAUCCAUAAACGCCCCCGUGGAAACCGUCUGGUCGCUCGUUCGCCGUUUCGAUAACCCUCAGGCUUACAAACACUUCGUCAAGAGCUGUGACGUCAUCGUCGGCGACGGAAACGUAGGCAGCCUCCGUGAAGUCCACGUGAUAUCGGGUCUCCCCGCCGUCUCCAGCACCGAAAGACUCGAGAUCCUAGACGAUGAACAUCACGUGCUUAGUUUCAGCGUCGUCGGCGGUGUUCAUAGGUUGAACAAUUAUAGGUCCGUCACCACUGUACACGCUUCCGACAAAGGUAACGGGACAGUUGUCACCGAAUCAUUCAUCGUUGAUGUACCGCCCGGUAAUACUAGAGAAGAUGCAUGCACUUUCGUUGAUACUAUUGUACGUUGCAACCUUCAAUCUUUGGCUCAAAUAGCUGAAGAUAUGGCAGCAAAAAACUCAUCCCCGUCCCUUUAAAUUAAUUGUUUUGUUUUUAAAUUAAUUUUUUUUCGAGAUACGAUAUUG